AUGGCCUCCCACCGCAAGCGCGCGGGGCCGUCGCCGCCCUCGCCGCCGUCACCAUCGUCACCGUCGUCCUCGUGGUCGUGGCCGGAGGAGCGCGGGGAGCGGGAGCAGGGCCUGUACAGCCUGCACCGCAUGUUCGACAUCGUGGGCGCCCACCUGACGCACCGCGACGUGCGCGUCCUCUCCUUCCUCUUCGUCGACGUGCUGGACGAGGCCGAGCGGGGCCGCAUCCGCAGCGGGCGCGACUUCCUGCUGGCGCUGGAGCGGCAGGGCCGCUGCGACGAGAGCAACCUGCGCCAGCUGCUGCAGCUGCUGCGCAUCAUCACCCGCCACGACCUGCUGCCCUACGUCACCCUCAAGAGGAGGAGGGCUGGUGAGUGGGCACGGCAUGAUAUGGGGGAUAUGUGGGGUCAGUGCCACGACCUGCUGCCCUACGUCACCCUCAAGAGGAGGAGGACUGGAACUGCUCCCAAAAUCCCCCCAAAUCCCAUCCAUGGCUCCAGUUAA